UUUUUAUGUUGUAUUAGUAGAAGGACCCACUGCUCCAUAAAGGAUAAUAGUUUCCAGUACACUAUUCCUCAUGAUGACUCCUUAAGUGGUUCAUCAUCUGCCUCUUCGUGUGAACCAGUGAGUGAUUUUCCAGCAUCUUUUCGAAAAUCUACCUACUGGAUGAAGAUGAGAAGGAUCAAGCCAGCUGCUACUUCUCAUGUUGAAGGGUCAGGUGGAGUAUCAACCAAGGGAAAAAGGAAACCCAGGCAGGAAGAAGAUGAAGACUAUCGAGAAUUUCCUCAGAAGAAGCAUAAGCUUUAUGGGAGGAAGCAACGGCCUAAAACUCAGCCCAAUCCCAAAUCCCAGGCUCGUCGCAUUCGGAAGGAACCACCAGUUUAUGCAGCAGGCAGUUUGGAGGAGCAGUGGUACUUAGAAAUCGUUGAUAAAGGCAGUGUCUCCUGCCCUACCUGCCAGGCAGUGGGGAGGAAGACCAUAGAGGGUUUAAAGAAACACAUGGAAAACUGCAAGCAGGAAAUGUUUACUUGUCAUCAUUGUGGGAAACAACUUCGUUCACUGGCAGGGAUGAAGUAUCACGUCAUGGCAAAUCAUAAUAGUUUGCCCAUUUUGAAAGCCGGAGAUGAAAUAGAUGAGCCAAGUGAGAGGGAACGGCUCCGAACAGUUCUUAAGAGACUGGGAAAGCUCAGGUGCAUGCGUGAGAGUUGCUCCAGUAGCUUCACCAGCAUCAUGGGAUAUCUCUACCAUGUCAGAAAAUGUGGCAAAGGGGCUGCAGAGCUGGAAAAGAUGACCCUGAAAUGUCACCACUGUGGAAAACCAUAUAGGUCGAAGGCUGGACUUGCGUAUCACCUGAGGUCAGAGCAUGGGCCUAUCUCCUUCUUUCCAGAGUCAGGACAGCCAGAGUGCUUAAAGGAAAUGAACCUAGAGUCAAAGAGUGGGGGCCGAGUUCAGAGACGUUCUGCCAAGAUAGCUGUAUACCACCUGCAGGAGCUGGCCUCUGCUGAACUGGCCAAGGAAUGGCCCAAGAGGAAGGUGCUUCAGGACCUGGUGCCUGAUGAUCGAAAGUUAAAAUAUACUCGCCCAGGGCUACCUACCUUCAGCCAGGAAGUACUACAUAAAUGGAAGACAGAUAUCAAGAAGUAUCAUCGUAUUCAGUGUCCUAACCAGGGUUGUGAGGCCGUCUACAGUAGUGUAUCUGGCCUUAAAGCUCACCUGGGCUCUUGUACAUUGGGAAACUUUGUGGCUGGAAAGUAUAAAUGUCUUCUAUGUCAGAAAGAAUUUGUGUCAGAAAGUGGUGUCAAGUAUCACAUCAACUCUGUCCAUGCUGAGGAUUGGUUUGUUGUAAACCCAACAACAACCAAAAGCUUUGAAAAGCUGAUGAAGAUAAAGCAGCGGCAGCAAGAAGAAGAAAAGCGGAGGCAGCAGCACAGGAGCAGAAGGUGCCUAAGAAGGCGGCAGCAGCCUGGCAUUGAGCUUCCCGAGACAGAGCUGAGUCUUAGAGUAGGGAAGGAUCAGAGGAGGAAUAAUGAGGAACUGGUAGUGUCAGCCUCCUGUAAGGAACCAGAGCAGGAGCCAGUGCCAGCACAGUUCCAGAAAGUAAAGCUCCCAAAGACUAAUCAUAAACGAGGAAGGAAAUAGGCAGUCAGUGUAAAAGCGCUCUUAGGAAAGCAGAUGUGAUGUUGUCACGGGGACCUGUGCUGGGAGGACUGAGUGAAGAUUCUUUCAGCUGUUUGUGUAAGGCUGUGACUUUCUCAGCUCCUUCCUCCUGUGUAAAUUUCAGUCCUCCCUUCUUACACUUUGAUUCCCUCCUCCCCUUUUAGUAGGUUUUCCUGCUAUUCCUCGUGGAGUCCUCUUGUUUUUUUUCUGAUCUUGCCCAAAGAGCUCCCUUUCAAGGCCAACUAUAGGCUCCUCUUGUUCUGUACAAAACUAAGAAACCUCUUUGGUUGUCCUUUCCUUCCUGGGGUAUAGAAUGUUCUUGGAAGCUCCAUGGAUUUAGUAGCUGCUCCAUCAUCUAGCUUGUGAAAUCAUUCCAAACUAAUUUUUUAAAACCAUAACUGAUUUAUCAUUUUGUAUUUGUGAUAUAACAAGUCUAGAAGCUAGAACUGUUGUCAUUCAUAUAAUAAGAUUACCCUGUCUCCUUGGGAAACAAAUUUUAUGGUGGCUAUUUGUCCUCUCAAUAUAGUUUUAAGUAAAAAAGUAAGAAAAUGGAUUUAGGAUGAACUUCCCCAUGCUGUAAUUUAUAUGGGAAAUGCUUUGUUUGUGCCAAGUAGCAGUGACUAGACCCACAGACGUGAAAAGCAGCCUUAGGAGUAAUGUGUCCCAAACAUUAAAAUGACUGGAAAGAAAAAGUAAAAGCAGCAAUAAAUACUGCUCCAACUUUCCUGGAGCCUGAGGCCUCAUCCAUUCUGAAGGUGAAGCCUGAGGCCUUCACCCUCUGAAGCUUAUUUUUGCUUUGGUUUUAAGAAUUGAGAAAUAUCACAUUGUCCUUGACAUUUUGACAGUCUCCUAGUGCUCCUGGUAGUGGCACUAAGGGAAAACCAAGGUGCGCAUUCCUUCUCCCUGGACUUUACCUCACUUGUUAGUCUACACGCUACUAAGUUUUCACCCAUCCCCUUAGCCAACCUCUGUCUGAAUUUUCUGAGAAUAUUGUCCUCUGUCCUCUUUUAUAUAUGGCGUUCUAUCCUCUUUAUAUCCUGAGACUUUGACACCAGAUGUAGAUAUUUAUCUGGAGCUGGAAAGAAAAAUUCUUUUUCUGUACCUCAUACCUACCUGGUAAUGUUUAAUGGGUUAUUUCUCUUUGAGAGUGGCUUUCUCUGGAACAUUGGUUAGAGCAGCAUUGUUGUCGUGUUUCUGGAUUCUCUUCCCCCUUUUGCAUAAAUAUUGGUCUUAUAUAUUCUUGCCUAUUUUGUGGCAUGUGCCACAUACAAAAUGAACCCUGAUACAGACAAAUACUACCUUUUCAAAUUCUGAAAGGCUAUUACCACUUUAACUCUGUGUGCUCCUCCAAAUAGCUUUAAAAUGUGGGCUUUUGUGAAGACCACUUUCAAACAAGGGAGCAUUGAAACCUGAAAUUGGAUACUGCCAGAAUAGGUAGUUUUGAAACAAGUUAAGGCCAUGGUAUAUCCACUCUGCAUUUUCAUUGGCAGUGUGCCCUUAAAGCCCUUUCAGAAGAUGAGGGUUAUCAGGGAGGAGAAAUGAAGAAGCUAUGUUAAUUUCUGGUGAGUAAGACCUGGGUAAUGUUUGGCAAUGACAAAAGAAAUAAAUGACUCUCAGAAAGA